AACGGAGGGGCAGUAGAGGCCAAGGGCCCACCCCUCCACCUGGAGCACAGAGGGGCCUGGGCCAGGGCCAGGGCCACGGGAAGCCAUGGAGAGCUUCAUGGAGUCGCUAAACAGGCUGAAGGACGUCCAUGAGAAUGAGAUCACGGGACACCCAGGCUGAGGUCUGCCCGGCCGACACAUCUGUCCGAUUUUCCCGCCGGCAACAGGGCUGCAGCCACACCACUCCCUUCACUCCAGUGCCCGGGCCAGACCCUCCCGAGACCUUUCUGACCUUUCACACACACCCUGAAGCCCGAAAGGGCCUGGGUCACCUCCCCCGGAGACCCAGAGGGGCAGGGGCUGCUUGGGCUAGCCUAGGGCCCAAGCCAGACCACAGCCUGCAGAACAAGCUUCUGGAACUGAACUCAGAGAGGUGCCGGGACGCCCAGAGGGCGGAGGAGCUCUGUGCCAAGAACCGUCAGCUCAGGGAGCAGCAGAGAGCACUGAAGGAGAACCUGCGGGCGCUGGAGAACAGGCUGCGGGCCGGCCUGUGCGACCGCUGCAUGGUCACCCAGGAGCUGGCCAGGAAGAAGCAGCAGGAGUUCGAGAGCUCCCUGCUCCAGAGCCUGCAGCAUGUCUUCCUCCUCACAACCGAGCUGACCCGGCUGCAGGAGGAAAACGAUGCCUUGAAGGAGGAGGUGAAGCAGCUCCGGGGCCCGGGGGCCAAGCCCCAGUUCAGGGAGGGCGCCCCAGAGCCCCCGUCACCCCUGCUGCUCCCCUCCCUGGGUACCCGGAAGGCCGUCACAGCGAAGCCACCGGAAGGCCAUGAGGAGAUGGAGGGCGGCCACGCAGAAAGGCCGGUGGGGUACGGGACGUCUCCAGUAGCCAAAAUCUCCCCGGGUACCAACCUGCCUGAUCCCUGGGCCCCGGACACGAGCCCCCAGCACAUCUCCAACCAGCUACACGGGACCAUCGCCGUGGUGCGGCCAGGGUCCCGGGCCUGCUCCGCCAACAGGGGCUCCGUCAACGGGACGUCCCCACUGCCACCCCCCAGGAGCAGACCCCCAAGCCCGCCUGGAGGGCACGGCCUCCCUCUGGACAGGUGAGGCCCAGCGCACCGCCACCAGCGGGAGCAGCCUCGGUCGGGCACCCAGUCUCCUGCUCUGGUCCCACCUUUGGGGAAGGGGCCAGUAGCCCAGGGAAGUCCCUCCCACUAUCCCUCCAGGA